AUGAGCGCCGGCACCAGAGCUGAUGAGGUCGUCGUCCAUGUACGGCAGCUCGUCAUAGUGGCUGUCGCCGUGAUGGUGACAUGCUUCUACUCCUCGGAGGCGCAGCUGCAGGUGGGGUACUACAACACCACCUGCCCGGCCGCCGAGAAGCUGAUCGAGACCAUCGUCCACGCCGCCGUCCGCAAGGACGCUGGCAACGGGCCCGGCCUCAUCCGCCUCUUCUUCCACGACUGCUUCGUCAGGGGAUGCGACGCGUCGGUGCUGCUGGACGACCCGACGGGCACUCCAGGCAGCAGGACGGUGGAGAAGACGUCGCCACCCAACUUCCCAAGCCUCCGCGGGUUCAGCGUCAUCAACCGCGCGAAGCGCGUGGUGGAGCGCCGAUGCCCGGGAAGAGUCUCGUGCGCCGACAUCGUCGCCUUCGCGGCGCGCGACGCGGCGCGCAUCAUGGGCGGGAUCCGCUUCGCCAUGCCCUCCGGCCGCCUGGACGGGCUCGUCUCCAACGCCACUGAGGCGACGGCGAACCUGCCCCCCGCGUCCUUUACCCUGACCCAGCUCCUGGCGCGCUUCGCGUCCAAGAACCUCACCGCCGACGACCUCGUCACGCUGUCGGGUGCCCACUCCAUCGGCCGCUCCCACUGCUCCUCCUUCGCGCCCACCCGGCUCUACCCGCAGCUGGACGCCACGCUGAACGUCACGCUGGGGUCGCGGCUGCGCGCGAAGUGCCCCGCCGCUACCGGCAGGAGGGACCGGGUGGUGGACCUCGAUUUCAAGACGCCGCUGCAGCUGGACAACCAGUUCUACCGCAACGUGGUGACGCAUGAGGUGGUGUUUGGUUCGGACCAGGCGCUCGGAGACCGCAGCGACACCGCCGCGCUCGUCGCGCUCUACGCCGCUAACCGCACGCUCUGGUCGCAGCGGUUCGCGGCGGCCAUGGUGAAGAUGGGUAGCAUCGAGGUGCUCACCGGGCCGCCCGGGGAGGUCAGGCUCAAGUGCAACAAGGUCAACUGA